GCAUGAUAGUAAGAUUCUCACACAUGUGAAUUGUCACUCGCCUGGUGAAUUUGCUUUUACCGAUUUUAGGCAAUUAUCAAUACAAAAAUUUUCCGGGGGCGCACGCGUACACGCAUGAAAAUAAGCGCCUUGGUUUUCAGUUUAUUCACAGAUUAUAAAAUUAUUGAUAGUUUAUUUUAGGUUAUGGAAUUUUAAGUCGCAGGCUUUUCUUGAGAGUCCCUUAAUUCCUAAACACAACAUGCAAAAUGGCUUCUAAAACAGUCCAGUCUGUGAAGAACUUGGGGAUCUUUCAAAAACCAACCAUUUUUGAUAAAGGCGUAGGAGCUCUUCUGCCAGAGGCCUACCGUAAAUUUUACAAAGAGUGGAAGCUCACAGAGCCUUCAGCGGUACAUUAUGUUCCCGAGGUGGGCAAAUGGAAAAGGGACGACAUUACCGGCGAAGUGAGCCCAGUCCAGAACGUAAAACUGCCCCUGGUGUAUCCCAGGGAAUACCACAAGCAUAUGUGGGGCGGGGAGGCUGUGGUGCAGGGAUUUCAGAUAAAAGAUAGGUAUUCUAGACGUGUACCCCAUUUUUGGGUGCCUGUCCUGAAACGAUCCGUCGUACACAGCGAGGUGCUGGACAAGUACUUUUCGGUCAUUGUCACCGAGCGCACCAUUAGCCUUAUCAAUGCCAAUUAUGGUUUUGAUCACUACUUACUAAAGACGCCUGCCUGCGACCUACAUUCUCUGCUGCCUUUGGGGCUGAAACGGAAAAUUCUCCAAGAACUGGAAAAUGGGUGUCCAUCGUUGAAUAGCAAGCCUGAUCAGCAGAAGGAAAUUUUGGAAAAAUACAGAAAAUACUUGGACGCUUACACAUCCGAAGAAAUCGAUUGGUACGGUUACUCGUUCACACAAGCCUGUCGCCGCAUGGAGAGGCAGAUGGAAGAACAAGUAACUAUAGUGCCUUUAAAGCACGUGUACAGGGCGCAGCUGAUCGACAAACUUAGAGCAGCUAAUAUAGAGGAAGCAAUGGGGCAGUCGCUGAAGUCCAGUGAAAGUGGCCUCGGAAACACCUGGCUUCAGAAGAUGAACCCCUUUGGCAAAAAGAAACCAACUACCUAAGACUCCAAAGACACUUGUGUAGAUUUUUGUUUUUUUUUUUGUAUUUAAAGAGUUAAAGUAAAUCAUAGAAAGCUGCGUUAGGCUUGGAGCCUUGUAAGAUA